UGUUGUUGCUCUGCUUUAAUAAUGGAACCGUGAUAGACGCCGCAAUUAAUACAUACAUAUUUUUUUAUAACCGGCCGUGCAAUUUUCUUUGAACAACAAAUUGAUAUUCUCCAACGUGUUCAUGCAACGCUACUGACAAUUAAACUUCCACUUCAUAUAACGAAAUUGGCGCAAAACAAGACUGCAUUAAUAUUGGUCUAUAGAUGCUAAAGGUGGAGAGGUGAAGUCCAGAUAGUGCCUGGUCUGCUCAAUCACACGCAGUACUCGAAGCCCCAAAAACGAGAGGAACAACAACAACAUUGUUUUUAACCAAAAGCCACAAUAUGCCUACGGCCCACCAGUCGCCACAACAGCCACAGCAGCCGCCCACACAGUCAUUGGAGGCGCUGCAGUCGAAUGAGGAGAACAAUGGCGCCGAUAUAAAGGUGGAUACCAAUAAUAUGCCAAAUCUCUCGACGCUAUCGCUGGAUGAGCUCAAGCAGCUGGACCGGGAUCCGGAAUUCUUCAAUGACUUCAUUGAAGAAAUGUCUGUCGUUCAGCACCUGAAUGAGGAACUGGAUUCCAUGAUGAAUCAAGUCGACAAUAUAUCUCGUGAAAACGAAACUAAGGGCACACACUUGGUGGAGUUGAAGCGGCGGCUCAGCGAUGAUUACACUGCACUGAAAACGCUGGGAGAGAAGUGCGAUCAGCUUAAUAAGAAGUACUUAAAGAAAUCGGAGGAAUACGCACCUCAACACAUACGGGAACUAUUGCAAAUAGCCGCAUCCAAUGCCGACACAGAUUGCGAUCGUCAUGUGGAACAUUUUCUAAAUGGAAAAAUUGAUGUGCAAACUUUUCUCAAUACCUAUCAACACUCAAAGAAGAUUAGCUCGGAGCGCAAAGCCAAGGAGGAGCGCCUGGGUACACAGCUAAGUGCCUUGGAGCGUGCCGGCAUAUAGAUAAUUAAUAUGUCUGCCACAUUUCUAAUUAAAAAUACAUACAAUUACGUGUUUA